GGCAGGGAGGAGGAGGAGAGGAGGAGGAGGAGGAGACCUCGGAAGGGCGAGGGUAUCAGACAUUUGAGAGUACCAUACUAGUACUGUUCACUAUUACUAUUCCUGUCUCAGAAACAAGUUUAUCAAUAACGAAAUCAGAGUCUCAGACUCAUCCGAGACCAAGUGAGAGAGUCAGGUGGACAAUAUGUACUCCAUGAAUCCAAGUUACUAUGAAUUGGGAAGCUGUUCUUCCAAUUCUGUGAAGUUUCAUCUUGAAGGAGGAGGAGGAGGAGGAGUGGUAAGCAGCAACUCAACAAACAUGGCGAACUCAAUGUCAAUGGUGAGGUGGUCGUCGUUGAGAUCGACAGCGGAGGAAGAAGAAAAGGGAGUUGGAGGAGGAGGAAGCAAGAAGAAGAGCCACAGUGAGGCCGAGAGCCGACGAAGAAAGCGAAUCAAUGGCCACCUCGCCACCCUUCGCACCCUCCUCCCUAAUACCAUCAAAACAGACAAGGCUUCAUUGCUAGCAGAAGUAGUCCGAAGGCUGAGGGAGUUGAAGAAGACAACAACAGAAUUGACACGGGCUGAUAGUACUAGUACUACUAGUGACAAUGGAAGUGGCCAAUCUGGCGGAUCAGCAAAAGAACAUCACAACAUGUUGCCAAGCGAGGCAGAUGAACUCGAGUUAUGUUACUGUGAGGAGGAGGGAGACUCGGCCGCGGGGACAAUAAAGGCAACGAUGAGCUGCGAGGAUAGGCCGGAGCUGGUGUCGGACAUGACGAGGGCGGUGAGGUCGGUGGAAGGGAAGGUGGUGAGGGCGGAGAUGGCGACGGUGGGAGGGAGGACCAAGAGCGUCUUGUGGGUCCAAGUUUCGGGUGAUAGUGGUGGCAGUGACGGUGACAGUAGUGGUGGUGAAAGGUUGGAGAUGCUGGGGAGGGCACUGAAGAUGGUUGUGGACAGGGCCUCUUUGUCGAUGUCUGGGCCAGGCCAGGAUUUGCCUGGGAAUAAACGGCCUCGUCUCUAUCACUACUGAGUUUUUGGGGGUUGGUGUUUGGACACUCCCAAACUAAUGUUUGGGGGGACCAGUAAGUGUCAUGGUCCUUGAAUUAUUCAUUUUCUUUUAAGUUGAAAAAAAAAGAAAAAAAGAAAAAAAGAAAAAAAGAAAAAAAAAAAGAAUAUAUAAGACAAAUUAUACAUAUGGUCUCUGUAACUUGCUUUUUGUGUCGGUUUUGUCCCUACGGUUCUAAUUGUACGGAUUUUGUUCUUUAAUUUUUUAUAUUUUGUUAAUUUAGUUCAA